AGAGCGCCGGUCGGAGGGUUCGCGGCCGGUCGGGGAGGGUUCGCGGCCGGGCCGGGCUGUCACCGCGAGUCGGGCGGGUCUGCAAGCCCAGCCCGAGCCGGGAGUGGACGGCAGGCCCGGCAGGUGAAGGGCAGGAAGCGGCGGGGCCAGGUAAUGGAAGAUUGCCAUGGCACUGCUUUGACAAGCACUUCCUGUUGUCUUUACAGAGAUCUCACUGAAGAAUAAUCCCAAAGGAACAUUUGUCUCCCGGCACCUUUGUUAUUGGCCAUUCUCAGCUUUUAGUGACUGGGAAAACACCAACCACCCUUAUGCUUGGCCUGUUCCAGGCAGCGGAUGAGGUUCCUUCCAGUGGUCCCCAGAACUCUGUUGCCCAGAGCAUCUCUCUGUUGGGCAAAUGUUCAUGAAGCCGUUCCCUGAGCCAGUGUGGGAGGCAGAGGCCUCUUAGAGCCUGCAACAUGGAAGCUUUGGAAGUGGAUGAUAUCAGCCCGGCCCUGGAGGUUACUGAAGAUUUCUUCAGUACUUUUGACAGUAAACUAGAGAAGGCUGUUCAGCAAGCAGAGGUUUAUGGGAUCCAGGAAGUCCCUGAACUGGUGGGGCACGAGGUACUCAGUAACAUAACAGACAAUGGUGCUAUCAGAAAUGUUGCCUCCCUAGGCGAGGGGGGCAUGCUUUGGGACCACUGUCAGACCCGGUUCUUAGAAACCAAAGUUCAAAAUGUCUUCCCCGCCAAAGAACAGUUUAUGGUCCAGAAAGGGACGGCCCCAGAUAAUCUCUCCUGGAUGGAACAAAAGGAAGCAUCAACCUUUAAUUUUUUCAACAUCUGUCAGCGUCGGAGGGACAGACCUCGUUCUGUGAAUGACUUGUUGGAUGAGACCACUACCUUUAAGCCAGGGCAUGCUCGAUCAAGGUCAGAUGUUACCCAGGUGGACUGGAGGGUGAUCCUCCAGACCACGCCUUUGCAGCAGCAGCCGCAGCAACCAUCUCUUCGGGGCCCUCACUUCACCAGGCCGUCCUUCCUGUCGCCCUCACCAAAUAAGAUAGAAGAUGCUCAAGGAAAUACUGAACACAAGCAGGCAUUCCCAAACAUUCUGAAGAAAGGUUACCUGGAGAUUAGGAGGGACCACGACAGCUACUGGCAAAGCUGCUACGCAGAACUCUCACCUUACAACUUGUGCUUCUACAGCCGCGACAGCAGCGGGAAUCAGAGCCUCUCUGCCACGUACCCGCUCUCCCACUUCCAGAGCGUAUCUGUCCUGGGCAACCUCGAGGCCAGGCUGGUGGACACUGUUCUGUAUGACAACUCGCAGCUGCAGCUAAAGGCAGAGUCCCCGUGGGAGGCUUUGGACUGGGGGCAGAAGCUCUGGGAGGUCGUGCAUGCCGCCGUGCCCGGCAACGUGGGGCGGCAGGAUGAGCUGGCCAACUCACCACGGCCUGGUUAUCAUUUUGACUGCACACAGGGUCAUUGUUUACAGAAGCCCAGCGAGCUGCUCGCGCGGUCCCCUGUGGCGGGCGGCCCCAGACAGUACCAGGACGUCCUCAAGUCCGGGAUGCUCUACCGGCUCACCGUGCAGAACAACUGGAAGGCGUUCACGUUUGUGCUGAGCAGGGCCUACCUCAUGGCUUUUCAGCCCGGCAAGCUGGACGAGGACCCCCUCCUAAGCUACAACGUGGAUGUGUGUCUGGCUGUCCAGAUGGACAACCUGGAUGACUGUGACUCUUGCUUUCAAGUCAUUUUCCCCCAAGAUGUCCUCCGCCUCCGGGCAGAGACGCGGCAGAGGGCUCAGGAGUGGAUGGAGGCUCUGAAAACAGCUGCCAAUGCGGCGAGGAGUUCAGAGCAAAACCUGCAAGUCACCCUGAGGAACAAGGCCCAGGAUCCGAUGGGGGGGCACGAACUCAGGAAGAGCAAGCGGCAGUCCGUGACCACCAGCUUCCUCAGCAUCCUGACGACUCUGUCUUUGGAACGAGGACUCACUGCUCAGAGCUUCAAAUGUGCAGGAUGCCAGCGAUCCAUAGGCCUUUCCAAUGGGAAAGCCAAGGUGUGUAAUUACAGCGGGUGGUAUUACUGCAGCAGCUGCCACGUGGACGACAGUUUCCUCAUCCCGGCACGCGUAGUCCACAACUGGGAUACGUCAAAAUACAAGGUGUCUAAGCAGGCCAAGGAGUUUCUGGAGUACGUGUACGAAGAGCCCCUGAUCGACAUCCAGCAGGAGAACCCCAUGCUGUACCUGCACGCCGAGCCGCUGGCCACCGUGGUGCGGCUGCGGCAGCGGCUCAAGUCGCUGCGAGCCUAUUUGUUCAGCUGCCGGGCAGCCGUGGCCGAGGAUCUGCGCCGCAGAAUUUUCCCCAGAGAAUACCUCCUUCAACAGAUCCACCUGUAUUCCCUCGCCGAUCUGCAGCAGGUAAUAGAGGGAAAGCUGGCUCCAUUCCUGGGCAAGGUCAUUAAAUUCGCCAGCUCUCACGUGUACAGCUGCAGUCUCUGCAGCCAGAAGGGGUUCAUCUGUGAAAUCUGCAACAAUGGAGAGAUCCUCUACCCUUUUGAAGAUAUUUCAACAAGCAGGUGUGGCAGUUGUGGCGCCGUGUUCCAUUCCGAGUGCAAAGAGAAGUCUGUGCCCUGCCCGAGGUGUGUCCGCCGGGAGCUGCAGAAGAAGCAGAAGUCGUUCUGGCGGAGGCUGAACGUGGACGAGAGCCUGGAGGAGGCUUGCAGCAUGUUCGAGCUGUCCUACCCGAACACCUGACCCGGCGGGGCCCGAGGUCGGGGUGACCCCUCGGUGAUCCACUGGCCCCGAGGCUUCCUGGCGGCCAGGCAGGCCCCUUCCGAAGAAGAGUGCGUCUCAUCUUCAGCUGGACAUAGAUACAUACUUACACAUCUACACGCGCACACACCUGUAGGGACGUUCUGUGUACACCCAUGUCCGAAAGGUCCACGGAGCCUCUGUGGCGCCAACAACGACCAACAGCCACUUACACUCAGCCAUGAACCUCAGCUGCUCGCUCCCGGGCAAAACGUGGUUUACACACAAUGCUUCACGCGGGACUGUUUCUUCUCCUUUUUUGUUUUUUGUUUGUUUUGCUUGUUUUUUGUUUUGCUUGUUCUUUUGGCUGUCAGGGCCACGGGCCAGGAAGGAAGUAUUAUUACACGGAACAGCAGGCUUGGGCUACUUUCAUGUUAUUUAUUUUUAGCCUUCAGGGCCGAUGAGGUAACUGAGGCAGGCACAUCACCACGUUUCCCAAGAAAGGCUCCUAAACCCAGGAGUGGCGUGGGAUCCCUCCAGGACCCGGCAUCUCGCCCCGGCUCUCCCCCAGAGGUGGGGGUCCCCUAUGCUGAGCCACAAGGCUUGGAAAUCAGUGGUGCAAGCUCCCCCUGAAAGAUAAUCUGCACCCCUAAGUUAUCGGGAGAGCUAAUCCUGGUUUUGAAGUCCGUGUCAGAAAAGUGUUUUUCUUGACAAAGAAGAGACCUCGGCGGCCAAUUACUGCCGUGGUUGCUCUGUUUGCUGGUACGAACCCACCUCGCCUAGUGAUGCAGCGGCCGCCACAGUCCCAGGUUGUCCCCGCGGCUCUCCUGUGAGCAUCUCUCCGGGGCUCGGGUGACACGUAUGACAUGUUAGUGGAGCUGGCGUGGGGAAAUGUCCGAGGCUGUUAGGACAUCGGUGUGUAGACUGGUACAUAUCGAGCGCAUGCAUUCCAACAGACGGUCUGCAGUUUCUUUCCACAGAAUCCUGUGCAGGCAACUCCUACCUGUUCGUUGUAAAUGCUUUGUUUCUCAUUGCUCUUCAUUGCCCUUUCAUUUUGACCUUUGUCAAGUUAACCACUUCUACUUUCAUCUUUUCUUAAUCUUAAAAAAAUAAUUCACAGGAACCUGGAACUUCAAAAUACCAACCUUAGACUAUUAAGAAAAUACCAAACUUAUAAAUAUAAUUAACAAAUUCAAUCUAAUAUCAUCUAAAUACAUACAUAUAUACGUAUAUAAUUGCCAUUUUAAAGUAAAAAAAAAAAGUGCUAAAACGAUAGGAAGAAGGGAUAUAACACCGAUUGGCCGCCUGGCAGGGGAGUCCUCCCACUGCAGUGCCCACGUAGGGAGCGCUGUGCCGGAAACAGCGGGCACGGGGGCCCGGAAACCAUGGCUCCCUUCCGUCCUCCUCACCUCUUCCCAGGACAGGAAAACACGCUCACGUCGAAACGACGGUACAUUGAACCCCAUCCCCUUGCUCCCCGCAGGCCCCGGCCCAGGACCCCUCUGCCCAUUGAAGAACGCAACGUUUCCCACCGACUUUGGUGCAGACUGUCAGUUGUCAGCAUUCCGCCUCCGGACCCGUGCCAGCUCCCUCGCCCCGGACCACACAUUUCCCCUGACAGCUCAGCGCCACGCGCGCGUUUGCUUUCUGAUCACACAGUAGCUGAAUCCAAGGCCUGAGACUUGUUAAGAGGCGGGGGCCCCUUCACCAGACGCCUCCCGGUGCCUUUUACUCUUGGAAAGCAGGUUGGCUCCCCCGACUGCAGCUACAGAGAGAGGGAAAGGGCGGGGGAGCUCAGCAAGCGCUUGGCAAACAGGCGAACAAACCCGAUCGUCUCCUCUUUCCUCCUCCCCUUGGUGAGAUAGAGUAUAUUUUUUAGCUCAAAGAAGACCAGGAUCUUUCACGAGAGAAUUAUGGACCUGCUUAUUACAAUGCAGAUGUGCUCCAUGGCAAAGUGCCUUUUCCCUCACCCUCGCCCGUCCCCCUGUCCCCCCACAUCUCCCCCAUCCCUGCGGCUCCUUCUGCCUCGGCUGUAAUUAAUGCAUCUGCAACUCCAGCUGUCAGCGGGGCGACCCCCCGCACACUGCGCUUGCAGACCUGAGCGAGGGCCUCUCCUCCCUCCUCCCGUGUUUGCCCCGCGCCCAGAACUUCCUGUCCCACCUCCGGGCACGCAGGGUCAGACCUGCCGCCAGGCGCCAGGCGGUAAAACCCUGGGUCCCUGUUCUAAAGGCCUUUGUUGCUGCAGGGCCCCGCUCAGCGUCCGCAGCCCCUGCGAACCGGGGAGCUUUCCGCUCACAUCGUUUUCUGCUUAUUUUCAAAAGGGAAAAAAAUAGAUGGGCUAUCGCCACCCAGAACUGGCACCGCCUCCCAGGGCUUCUGUUUUCUCUCCUCGCGGUGCGUUUCUGACAGCCUGGCCGGUGCCCGCGCGGGCCUGCACCAGGCUCGAUGCUCGCAGCCACCACCACACCUGCCAGGCCAGCACCUGCGGAGCCGGCUUGGGCGCUGGGUCUGCCCCGAAAAUUCACAAUUGCUGCUUUCGGCCCAGAACGCCCUCAUGCACGUGAACGCCCCUACUGUCUCCAGCUCUGACAGCCGCUGGGUGGACGGCGAGGGUUGUCCCACCGCUUGGAAACUGUCGCAACAGAAGCAGACCUGUGACCCCCACCUCGCACGCCACGCCGACGCCCGCCUUUUCUCCCCGGUGAACUCGCCCGCACAGCAAGCCCACGAGAAGAUGCAGUGCGUCUCCCGGAGCUGGCGGCCCACUUUUCACUGGAAAGGCCCCUCCCUGCCGUGGGGCUUGAGGAACUCCCUCCUCCCAGCGCCAGAGACCAAGUGUGAGACCGUCCAACCCUGGUGAACGCUGGCACCUACCCCUGCAGCACAGGAGCCAGCUCCUAAAAUAGCCCUCGCUGCACGGCUGCAGCCGGCCACACGGCACUUAAGAAGCAGGCAGCCGGAGUGCGGCGCGUGUUCUUCCCAGGGCCGCCUCUCCCCACAUUUCAAAGCCUCUUUGUAUGAAAACCAUGUAAACACGCGUCUCCCCGUGCUCCGCUGCCUUUCGGGGGACCGCGUCACAGCCCUUUUCAUGUCUGCGGCGCUGACGGCUAGUCUUCCCGGGAGCUGUCCUAUUUGAUUAGCUGAGGAGGUAACCCCCUUGGAUUGUUCUAGACCAGGCCUCCCCAGAAGGGCAUGGUGCCGGCACCUGGGAUCUGUGGCUCCCCACCAGCUCGGCGGUGCCCGCCAGCCUCCGGCAGAGGGGCUGCGUGCGGACCGAGGCCUGGCAUCACUGGCUGUUGCCAGCGGCCUUGGCUAAGCUGACGGAGUCCCUGGACGGGGACCGGCCUCUGUUCUUGUCUCCGUAUGUACGUGCUGAGCAUUGUCACCAGAGAGGGUCCUCCCGGGCCUCCUGGAAAAGGCGUGGCUCCCAAACCUCUGGGUUUGCUUUCGACCCCCUGGCCGGAAAGGCCCGUGGGAACUACUCACUGUCAGGGCGGGAACCGCGCCCUGCCACGCGGACCUCCCUGCAAAGGGCGCCCCCCGAGGAAGCCCAGGUACGUUCUGCCCUGAUUUAGCGAAAGCUGCUGCUGCUGUUGGUGUCGGGCCGAAUGACUCAUGGCCCUGAGCUGCCCACUUCACGGGAGUAGCCGGAUGAUGAAGUAACCCUUCUGCUCCUGCUCGAAGGCUGCCUGGAGUCAGCACAAAGGCUCCUUUAUUUUAUACUUCCCUCCUCCCAGUAAAGAGAGAUGCAUGCCGUUUCCCCCUUCUUUUUCUGGAGUCUUCUGUCUCAGUACUUUCCUUGCUCUAAGGUAAUGUGAAAAAGUAGAGGUCUGGGGGCCAGGCUGGCAGAAGCGAACGCCGCCCUCCGUGGCGUGGCUCGCGUCGUGAGAAGUACGGACUCUUCUCCGCUCCGGGGUACUUGCUCAAGCCGGGCGUCAGGAGCUGCCCGUGUGCCCCGGACGCUGCCCCUCACCCCAGGCAAGCGGAACUAGCUGCUCGGGCUGAACCCAGAGAUGGGUGACCAAGCCCGACGCAGGUCAUCGGAACAGACCACUGUUGAUUGCUCUCGUGGGGGACGGUAUAUGGACAGUUAGCCCAGCGCCCGGCAGCCUUCUUAUCGGGAGGGUGAGACGGACACGCAGAGCUGCAGAGGAAGACGCUGAGCACGGCGGGGGAGGGCCUGCGCGCUGGCGCUCGCGCUCCUGGGUCCGAACUGUCAUUGCCCCUCCGUUCUGCUCGGGCACCACGGAACGGACUACAAUUUUGGGGUCGGGCUACUCUAUCACCCUGGGCUGAGCGAUGUGUAAUAGCUGACGUGCUAACUUACGCAGGCGUUGUUUCUGUUUUCUGGAUUUCAUGGCCCUUUGUUUUGGCAUCACUUAUCCAUACUUUUGUUUACAUCAUUUUUUAAAUAUCCGUAACUGUAAUAAUAUGAAAUGAAGUUGUACUGUUGACCAAACCACUCGUUUUCAUGGCUAUCUGUUAUAUAAUUUAAGUGCACCAGUUCCCAAUGUAUAAAGUUAUCUCGCCCUCAAUAAACAAUGCGGAAAGUA